AGGGGUUACAGUCAUCAGUCAUCGCGAACCUUCCUUCGCAACCGAUCCGCAUCACUUUGACGAACCCGACACCGAAAUUAAACAGACUGAACUCUACCAAUUGCCCAAAAUGAACUGCCCUUCUCGCAAUGACGAUGCCGAGCUCGAACAUCCCUUUUGGAACCAGCAACCCCAUUACCUGGCUGCGGACUUGACCACCUGCCAGGACCUCAAUGGCAUUGCCAAUUCGCGGACGCACAGGUAUGGAUCCCAGGGCAGCGAGGUCGGCGUCUGCGCACUGAAUCAUCAUCCAGGCGGCGGCAUAAGACUGCAUGAUGCGGACCGGAGACCACAAGUUCCUCCGGAGAAGAACAAUAAUUCUGCGGGGCGGCGGUCUAUUGACCCCGCCCCGCAGAAAUCCCCGGCAGCCGGUGGUGAAGACCGUGCCUGCCGAACUCGGACCUCCGUGGCUCCACUCCUCCGUAGCGCCGCUUUGGCGGUCCCGGGGUGGGUCACCUGGGUUCUCUCCGUCGUCGUUACCUCGUUGAUCAUGUCCACCAUCAUGACAAGACAACAACAUGGUAACGAUAGACAAAUUCAAGUUGAUGCAGCUCUCCAUGUCUCCGCCGUCGCCGAACCCGUCACGCCCCGGGUCUUCAAGAGAGCAUCAACUUGUCCCAAGGGCGGCGUGUCUGACGAGGAGCUUUAUAACACGGCUUUUCACGGUGCCGCCCUUGCCAUCAUCUUCGGCGUCUCCUUCCUCGCCUGCGCUUUUCCUGUCCUCAUGACCCGCUUUCCCAUGAUUCGUCUCCCACCUGUGUUCUUCUUUGCCGUCCGCCACUUUGGUACCGGAGUCUUGAUUGCCACGGCUUUCGUCCAUCUUUUGCCGACCGCUUUCAUCUCGCUCAGCAACCAAUGUCUCGACAGCUUUUGGACGCAGCAGUACCCCGCCAUGCCGGGAGCAAUUGCGCUGGCUGCUAUUUUCAUGGUGACGAUUGUCGAGAUGGUGUUUCACCCCGGAAGACAUGUGCAUCACGGACCUCACGAACAGGAACAGGUUUCGGGUGCACCCGCUCAGUCCAAUACGAACGACGAAUCAAUCGACCCGCUCUCUCGUCUCCCCAGCAACGCUCGCGCCCCUGACGACACCACCAACAACCUCCCCUCCCGACCCAAGGGCGCCCUCCGCGGACGCGCGCACUCCAUCGGCCGCCGGCUCUCCCACGUCUCCCGCCAGGGUCAAGACCCACAAGACCGGGACGCCGUCCUCCCUGCCCUGCCCUCCGAAGACUACUACCUCGACACCACCACCACCACCACCACUACCCCCCAAUUCAACAAGGAAAUCUUCCAAUCCGACCUGACCCUCUCCAGCCCCAGCACGCAACAAGUCGAAUCUCAGCUGCCUCAUGAUGGAUACAUGUACCUGACCGCCGAGAUGAAGCGCCGCAAGGAAACCAUGCAAUGCGUCCUGCUCGAGUGCGGCAUUCUUUUCCAUUCUGUCUUUAUCGGCAUGGCCCUAUCCGUUUCCGUAGGGACGGAUUUUGUCGUUUUGCUUAUUGCCAUUGCUUUCCAUCAAACUUUCGAAGGUCUUGCUUUGGGAUCACGCAUCGCGAGCAUUACGUGGCCGGAGGGGUCGAAGCAGCCGUGGUUCAUGGCUUUGGCGUACGGGUGCACUACCCCUAUCGGACAGGCAAUUGGGUUGGCUACGCAUCGGUUGUAUUCUCCUGAAAGUGAGGUGGGCCUGAUUCUGGUAGGGACGAUGAAUGCUAUUAGUUCGGGACUGUUGGUCUUUGCUAGUCUGGUGGAGCUUUUGAGUGAGGACUUUUUGAGUGAUGAGAGUUGGAGGACGUUGAGAGGGAAGAGGAGAGCGGCGGCGUGUGUGUUGGUGUUUGCGGGGGCGGUGGGCAUGAGUCUGGUGGGGGCUUGGGCUUAGGUGGUCCGGAUCCUAUCUGUGGGUGUAGCAUGGAAAGGGGGGGUGGUGGUGGUGGGAAUGUGUGUUGAUGUUGGUGAUGUCUUUGACCACUCAUGGUUGGCAACGGCUUGUUGCGAACGAAAGGGU